UAGAGUGCUCGUGCGCAUGACGUCAUGUUGCAAAUGUCGACCAAACCUGAUUGUGUUUAUAUCAACCCCUCAGCUACUUAGACCCUGGCAUCUUGGGGCUCCCUUUCGAGAAAUCCGCAAUCUCUGGCGUCAGCCACGGCCUUAGCAGAAUCUUUGAUCCAGCUGCGACUCUGUGUUUCGACAAAUCGAGCGCCGAUGCUUGAUCCGUAAUAGUGGAAUUUUCAAGGAAAACGAGUCACCAACUGAUAUGCCCACAGCCACAGGCAAGCGCAGCAACGCACACAGUGGCCACCAAAACAUUCCAAGCAACGAAGAGUGUGGGAUUCGAGAUGUGUGGGCGCACAAUCUUCACGACGAGUUCAAGAUCAUCCGCAAGGUUGUCCAGAAGUACCACUGCGUCGCGAUGGACACGGAAUUCCCUGGCGUGGUGGCAAGACCAAUUGGCGAAUUCCGCAGCACGGCAGACUACCAGUACCAGCUGCUGCGGUGCAACGUUGAUCUCCUGCGAAUCAUCCAGCUUGGCCUUACCUUCUUGGAUGAGGCGGGGAAGACGCCGCAAGGUUUCUCCACAUGGCAGUUUAACUUCAAGUUUAACUUGUCGGAAGACAUGUACGCCCAGGACAGCAUAGAUUUGUUGCAAAACUCGGGCAUCCAGUUCAAAAAGCACGAGGAGGAAGGCAUCGAACCGCAAGAUUUUGCCGAGUUGCUAAUGACGUCCGGGAUCGUCCUUAUCGAGGACAUUAAAUGGCUGUCUUUCCACAGUGGCUACGAUUUUGGCUACCUGCUAAAACUGCUCACGGACCAAAACUUGCCACAGGAUGAGAGCGAAUUUUUUGAACUCCUUAGGUUAUAUUUCCCUAAUAUCUAUGAUGUCAAGUAUCUCAUGAAGAGCUGUAAAAACUUAAAAGGAGGCCUGCAAGAAGUGGCAGACCAGCUUGAGCUGGAGCGAGUAGGGCCGCAACACCAGGCUGGCAGUGACUCACUGCUCACAGGAAUGGCAUUUUUCAAGAUGAGGGAGAUGUUUUUUGAAGACAACAUCGACGAUGCAAAGUACUGCGGUCAUUUGUAUGGUUUGGGAACUUCGUUCGUCGUGAACGGCAACAAUUAUCAUGACAAUGGUGAGACGAAUUCGUCGUGAUGUGCUGGAAGUGACAUCUCGGAAAUCACACGGAGCCACAUUUUAAAAAAGCCAUUGUUGAAUUUGACAGUUAAUAUGGACUCUUCCCUCCUUUUACGCAAGAGGAUUAUCCUUCCUUUUUAAUUUGAUUAAAUACCUUGUAAAUUAGCUGUAAAUUUUACAUCCAGCAGGAAACCACACAGUAGCAAAAUUUUAUGUAUUUAAAGAUUUGUAUGUAUGUUUUGAAGUGUCGCGAGUCUUUGUUCCAUAAUUUCUUGCAGCUUCACUUUACUUCAGCCUUACAUACAGACAGAGUAAUUCAAGCUAGGAUGCUUCACUAACGUAUGGUUAGCAGGAAAUUCACUGGAACUAAUGAGCUGUCAAAUGAAAGUACAAUUUCAUCCUAACGAAUGGCUUGUGGCCACUCCAAGUGCACAUUGCCGCAAAGACUUCAGAAACACAAGCACUCAUUAGAUUCAAGCCACCAUCAAAAGAGAAUAAACUUAAGCAUUGAACAUUUAAGAA